AUGAAUCUCGCCUCGACCAGCACCACCCCGUAUUAUGAGGAUAGUACGAGCGAUACCACACCGUUACCGGAUGAUGACUACUCUGCUGAAGUUGAUCCCAGCGAGCAGCUGUUCGAUAUUGUUUGCAUGGCUACGAUCUUCCUCACCUUCAAUCGAUUCUUUGCCCUAGCAUUUAGCGGAAGUUAUUAUAAAUAUUACGAGAGGACGAAUUAUGUGCAGUACGGGAUUAUGGUGGCCUAUCCUUUGGCGACAGGGAUUGCCUAUGCGAUUCCCGGCUGUGGUGCCAUCUUCAUCCCGUACGGCCAAAACUUUUUCUAUGUCGAGGGAGCGUGCGGGGAGGAGAUUAUGUAUUACACACAGAUCUUGGCUUCCUAUAUUGUGCUCUCAAUUCAAACGGUAUUUGACGCGGCAAUUUUCUAUUUAAUGCGCAAGCGGAUCCGAUCUUUUCAAGCCAUCCAAUCUCAUCAGAAUAGCAAACAAAAACGGGAGCAGCUGAAGAAGGAGAUGAGGCUGGCGGCUCAGAUGAUCUCCAAUCUGAUAACCGGAAUAAUCCUGAAUGUAACCAUGGCGAUCGGACAGCAAUAUUUGGCCUCGACAUUGGCAACAUUUUUGCUAUUUACUGCCCUUUGGCAGGGAUGUCAAGCUAUUACAAGUCGGCUACUACAUCGGGAAGGGAAAACGAUAGACCAAAGCCGCCCUCAUCAGCACAUUAACAUUUUCCAGGUUAAAAAGAAGAAGCGUCUCAAGCGUUUUCGCAGUCACCGCAUUCGUCGAUUCAACACAACAGUCGCAAUUCUUGGUGUUAUAAUCCUGUUCUGUGAAUGCAAGGUGCAUCCCGGCUCGAGCGGCUACUGCAUGGUGAUCGUCUACAUGGUCGCCUGCUUCAUGCUGCCCGCCAUCGCCAUCGGCGCCUUCGUCGGUUAUAUGGGCUACAAGCGCGGGAAGGCCGGCAAGAAGAUGAUCGGCGGC